AUGAAUUCAUUGGUUCGACCCACGCUUAAGAUCUCAUUCCCAUCGGUAUCGACCAGCGCCUUGAUAUUGAAGUGCCGUUACAGCAGUCACGCUAAUGAAGGUUCUGGCAAACUCGGAAGUAAUAAUGCUCAACCCCGGCGAGGAGCCUUACGAGCCAUACAAGACGCCGAGAACAGAAUAUUCCAGAUAUCUGAGGAAGUAAAAGAAGCUAGAGUGUCCCAUAAACCAGUUGUAGCUUUAGAAAGCACAAUUUAUACACACGGAUAUUCAUACCCUGACAAUGUCAAGUUAGCUCUCGAUCUAGAGAACGUUGUUCGUCUUAAUGGAGGAAUCCCAGCAACAAUUGGUAUCUUGGACGGUGUAGCACGUGUCGGAUUAAGUAAUGAGGAGUUGAUUGCUGUCGCAUCUGCAGCAGGGAAACCAGAGACUAUGAAGGUCUCUCGUAGAGAUUUGCCUUACAUUCUAGGAAUGGGAAUCGCAGGACGCAAAAUUACUGGGGGUACCACGAUCGCUAGCACCAUGAUUUUAGCACGAAAAGCUGGAAUCAGUGUUUUUGGUACUGGUGGUCUGGGAGGUGUCCAUCGUGGAGGUCAGGACAGUAUGGAUAUUUCUGCCGACCUUACCGAACUUGGACGUACUCCUAUUGCCGUGAUCAGCAGUGGCUGUAAAAGCUUCUUAGAUAUUCCUCGGACUUUGGAGUAUCUAGAAACUCAGGGAGCUGGUGUCUUCACAUUUGCAGAUGGACGUACUGGUCCAAUUGACUAUCCAGCAUUUUUCACCCGUGAUAGUGGUGUCAAGAGUCCGAUGGUCAUUCAAAAUGCCGAAGAGGCUGCUGCAAUUAUUUUUGCCCAGGACUUUUUGAAGAUUGAAAGUGGCUUCCAUUUUGCGAAUCCAAUUCCUGAAGAGUUUUCUCUUCCCAAGUCUGAGAUCGAUGAUGCAAUCGACCAAGCAGUUCAAGAAGCUGCCGAACAAGGUUUUCAUGGUCAUGCGAAUACUCCCUUCAUUCUGGCAAGGAUCAAAGAGCUUACAAAGGGCAAUAGUGUGGCAGCCAACCGGGCGUUGAUAGAGUCGAACGUUAAGAUGGCGACAAGAGUUGCCGUUGAGCUUGCUAGAUUGAGAUUAGAUAGAAAGGCCAGCCGGAACGAAACUAGCAAAGUACCCACACAGAAUUCCACUAAAGCCAAGAGGGACAGAAUGGACCCAUAUCACCCUAGUUUCCUAAAUGCGUGCUCAUCCAACAUCUCCCCUCCAAAGCCCAGCAUAGUCGUCGUAGGCUCAGUAGCUAUAGAUCUCUCUUGUGACUAUACUCCUCGUACCAACCAACCGACAGGAGGUUCUUCACCCCAGAUGCACACAUCAAACAUCGCACAAAUCCGCUCAUCAAUAGGUGGCGUUGGUUAUAACAUUCUACGAGCGGCCCAGCUUAGUAGCAAAGAGCCUGUCAAUCUCUAUACGUUCAUUGCAGAUGAUCAGGCCGGAAAAACGAUAACUCAAAGCUUACAAGCCAACGGACACAACACCGAUGAUAUUACGGUAUGCUCAAAGGACACUGACUACCGCACAGCUCAGUACGUCGCCAUCAACGACGGAAAGAAAGAUCUCGUUGUGGCCAUGGCCGAUAUGGAUAUAUUUGCUAGACCCCCAAAUGACCCAUCUAUCCGGGCCAUGUACAAUAAACUCAGCACGCUUACAUCUUCUACCAAAUGCAUUGCCAUAGACGCAAACUGGCAAUCGGAAGUCAUCCACGGUUUUCUGAAGGCCGCCAAAUCUUCAUCACCUUCCAUCAAAAUCGCAUUCGAACCCGUGUCAACCACCAAAUCCGCACGUCUUUUUGAACCCCCCACCGACUCAUCUAUCAAACCACACAAUCUUCCCGUCUUCCCACACCACAUCAUCGAUCUCGCCACUCCGAAUGAACAUGAACUCGCCUCCAUGCACGAUUCCGCUACCGCACACGGCAAAUUCGAAACCGACGAAUGGUGGAAAACCAUCGACGCCCUCGGUAUUCCCAGCACCGGUGCUCGAGACCGUUUCGUGCACAUGACAUCGCGAGAACUAACCGACCAAGGCAUUCCCGUUCAAGCCAUCCAACUCCUUCCUUAUAUCCCCACUCUCCUCACGAAACUUGGGGCAAGAGGUGUCCUACUCACGUCCAUACUUACUCCUACCGAUCCACGCCUUCGAGAUCCGAAUCAUGCACCGUAUAUCCUGUCGCGUUGUGCGAAUGAGAAUGAAGAGGUGGGCGGAGUAUAUAUGAGGUUGUUUCCGGUAGUCGAGAAGGUCCAGGAGGGAGAUGUGGUUAGUGUUAAUGGGGUUGGUGAUACGUUUUUGGGGGUAUUGAUUGCGGGGUUGGCGAGGGGGUGUGAAGUGGGGGAGGAAUUGAUUGAGAUUGCGCAGAGAGGAGCGGUUAUGACAUUGAAGAGUGGGGAGAGUGUUAGUCCUGAAGUGGGAGGGUUGAGGGAGGAGUUGGAUCAGUUGUGUCAACGUCAAAGUAGGAGAGAUUUGAGUAAAAGAUGA